CGUAAACUGAUCCUCGACACCAUUUCCCCCUCUUCUCUAUAAACCGUGACAAUGGGACGGGAAAGGCAGAAAAAGAAGAACAGGUCCUCCGUCUCCAAGGCGAAGCUCAAGACGAAUCGAACCAAAGCCGGCAAGAAGAAGGUCAAUUUCUUAGGCAAUGCCAUCAUCGCCGCUAAUUGGGAUCGGAAACUGACGGUCUCGCAAAAUUACAAACGUCUUGGACUCUCCUCGAAACUCAAUCCAACUACUGGAGGAACAGAGAAAAAGAUUCCAGCCGCAGGAGACGAAAACCAACAACGGACUCGAGACUCACUUGCCAUCGCAGGUGUUGUUCCUUCUCAAAUCAAGCCACAAGAAGUCCAAGUUGUCAGGGAUCCAACCACCGGCAGAAUCCUUAAAGUGAUCAGACCGGACGAAGAUGAAACCUAUGACAACCCUCUCAACGAUCCGCUGAAUGACCUCCCAGAUGAUGAUUCUCGCGCCAGAAAGCCAAGGCCGUUGGCAGAGCACGAUAUAGUCUCACAGCUAGAGGCGCAAGCAGCCGAAGAGGAGAAACUAGAGCUCAAGAAACGCCCUCGACAGCAAAGCCAAAGAGAACAGGAAUGGCUGACCAAACUCGUUGAAAAACAUGGUGAUAACAUUCGGGCCAUGGUUCGAGAUAAAAAGCUCAAUCCCAUGCAACAAACCGAGGGGGAUAUUUCCAAGAGACUGAAAAAGUGGAUGGCACAGAACGCCGCGACGACUUGACACGUUCGCCGCACAGUGCAUACAGCUAUAUAUACCAACCCACCCAAAGAACGACCUGACGAAAAGCUGAUGCUGGUUAAUUCACUUUUUGGCUCAAUGACCCGGACUCCGCGAGCGAUCUUCCAAGUGCUGAGUUGACACAAGUGCUGCCAACAAUACCUAGUCCUGCCAGCAUCGCUGUCGAUCAGAAACCUGGUUCAGGCGGCACAAAAGCGGACGAUCUUCUUGUUCUCGACCCUCUUGACAUAUUCGUCCAUAUCUUGUGAUUUCACCCAAGAGAUGUGGAGGCGCAUUUCAUCAAUAGCCCACUACCCGGCCGAACUACCAUGGUCGCGGCAGUUUCACCCCGAAGAAAACAUGAAACACGACAGGUACGAAUAUGAGGAUGAAUACAUGGCGUCAAAGCCAGAUUAUAUUUUUUGGUGUACCUUUUAUGGUGUCUUUUCCAAUUGUCCACCGACCUCCUGGUUCCCCUCACCUUUGUCGUCACUCCUCGACAAGGCAGCAAGCAGCCCAACAAUGGAAUUGACCCACUCUCGCCACUCGAUAGCAUAACCAGUCCCUACGACACCUUUGCAAACCUGCCAUCCGUGUCCACUGACAGGAUAUUGCAGUUUGGGCGGAAUAUUGGUCCCGAUGCCAAGCCACCUGGCCCAGAGCGCAUCCUCGCAGACACUCUUGAUGUUGGAUAGUGCCCGCAGCCCCUCUUCUCCGCCAAAACGCCCGUACCCGGACCCCUUGACGCCACCAAAUGGCAUGGAACAUGCAUAGUAUGCUCCAAAGUCAUUGACCGACACCAUUCCCGCCUUCACCUGCCGGACGCACUUCUCAACAUCUGCAGAAUUGUGGCCAAAGACACUGGCCCCAAGAGCAUAGGGUGUAGAGUUGGCAAGCUCAAUGGCUUCCUCGACAGUUUUGGCUUUCAUGAGCAAAAACACUGGGGCAAAAAGCUCGGUUUGAGCAAUCUCCAUUUCUGGAUGGACGUUACUGAGCAGGGUUGGUUGAAAAUAGGUUCCUUCCGGGUAUUCAGGAUGCAGAUAGCGUUGUCCGCCACAAUGAAGGAUGGCUCCCUGGGCCACUGCGGUAGAAAUGAGUGACUCGAGACGCGGCAAGGCACGAGCUGAGAUCAUAGAUCCCAUGUCGACGGGCGAAUGAGCGGGAGAGAGAAGGAUGGAUCCAAGGCGGAUGGCUCUGAUUUUGGGCAGAACAUGCGACAAGAGCAAGUCAUGGAUCAUGGGCAGCGCGAUGGUUCUCUCGAUCCCGAUGCAGUUUUGCCCAGCUUUUAGGUUUCCAUCAGUAUUGUGCUUUGUGGAAUGGCGACAUCAAACUUUACCUGAUUGAAAUGUUCCGCG